UUCUUCAUUUACCAUUCUAAUACCCGAAGCGACAACAAUGAAAAUCGCAACUGCCUUCUGCAUGUACUUUUCAGUAUUAUAUCCUGUGUUAGGAACAUCGACACUGACUAGAAAGUAUUGCAGUGUGGGAGAAAAGUCUAUACAUGAACUUCGCGAAUGUUUCGGAGAACAAAGUGAGGACAUUUAUGCUAUAGCCAAGAACUGUUUCGGUGUUUUUAAAAACACUUUGGACGAAGACCAAUAUCAUGCAUACAUAUGCGAUAAUAUAGAUACAAAGGAAGGGAAAGAAUUCGAAAAUUGCUUUGAUGAACUUGCUAAAUUGAACGAUAUUCAUUCAAUUUGUGAUGAAUGCCUCAGCAAUUUGAUAGUAAAGAAGACUAAUUCCUUUUCUUUAUUCAGCAAAUUCCAGAUGAUUUUUGAUAAAGAAAAUUCUUAAAAAUUGUAAUAAUUAAUUAAAAAAAUAAAUAAAAAUUUUAUUCAGUUGUUUCUUCUCUUUUACAUCAUUUAAAUUAAAAAAGGGCAAAGUUACGUUUAAACUAAUUAUCAGAAGACAUUGAACUAGUCUUUAAUGUAUCGCCUGACCCAAUGACCUGUAUAAUUAACGUUAUAAUACGCACGGUUCUAACUGUAAAAAACCACAAAAUAAGUUA